AUGGACUUCCAAAAUUUGGCUUGUGUCGACAUGUUGAAUUCGAAUCGGCGGAAGCAAAAUGUAGAAUGCGCUGGUCGUGUCCUUCGAGAAACGAGCGUAAUCCACAAACUCUCCCAUUCGCUCCCAUUUCCCCCUCCUAUCCCCGAUAGCGUAGGCUUAUAUCUCAGCCUUAACACACAACCCCAGCAUAUCCGAGGCUUCCAAUCAACAUGCACACCUGCACCCCAAAAUAGACGAAGGCCGGCACCUACACCUGUAGCUGGAAUAGUAUGGCAGUCUGCUCCGUGGUGGGCAUCCGGGAUAGAUGGUGAUCGGACGUGGACAAAUUGGGGUUUGGGCCUCGGUUUGGGGCAAGUGCAAGGGGGAGAGUGGGAUUUGGAGGAGGAGGAGCCUGAACUAGAGCUGGAGGAAGAGCUGGAGGACGAGCUGGAAGAGCUGGAGCCUGAGCUUGAGCAGGAACAGGAGCGACAGGAACACAUUGCGCCUGCGUUCCAGAGAGAUAAGGUUCUCUGCUGUUUUAAUGCUUAG